AUGGUUGCCUCAGCAGGCAUCGAGGGAAAGUGGCAGAUGGAGUCAAGCCAGAGUCACAGGAGCUCUGAUUUGGACUAUUCAGAAGAUACCUUUGAGUCCUUCAGUGAGGAGGAUGAAUCCUGCUGGCAGCAAGAGAGUGAUCCAUUGGAAUCGUGUCAUUCCAGAGAGGAUUCAGAGGGAUCUGCUGUGUCAGAUGUGCUGGGCAGCACAUCACAGUUGGCAGGCCAAAGCCACACAGAUGAGCAGUCUGGAGCAGUGGAUUCUGCAGCUGUAGAAGGAGCUGUCAUAGGAAAAUGGAUUCAUCUCCAAAAUCUAGAAGCUGGCGCCAAGCAGGACAAAUCCAUCAUCAAAACUCAGGGUGACCUGACAGGAUUUUUGGCUGGAGAAGGGGAUGCUCUCAGCUCUUUUUGCUCCCUCAAGAUAAGGAAGAUGCGGCGGCGGCUGCUCCAGGAGAGGGCUGAUGGUGCCAAGGCAAGAAAGCUGCAGCAGAGCUUCCCAGCAGAGCAACCCCACACCAGUGGCUUCAGCUGCCCUGUCCCUCACCAGCUGAUGAGCAGGCUCCUCCUGAAAAACAUCAGAGAGACUGUUCAACAGGUGAUAGAAACUCAAAUCCAUGAAUGUUCAGCGUGCCCUGACUGUCAGGAGAAGGAGGCAGAGCUGGCCAGGAUUGCCUUUCUCAGGCAAAAGAAGAUGCUAAUGGAAAGUGCUUUAAUCCAAGAGAAACUGGAAGAACAGAUUUACUCCACGGAUGUGCUUACACUUCUAGGAGAAACACUCAGAACCUUUCCCAAACCUUCUGAGGAUCCCAGGAGCUUAUGGCAAAGGCUGAAAG